ACAACAACUGUGCAGGGUGUGACUAGAUCCUCCAGUAUCUAAGGAAUAAAACCAUCAUUGCCAGCCACAACAAUUCCUCCCCUCCUUUUCUAUUAUCGCUCGCUUUGCUCUUUCCAAGAUUCGAGAUCCUUGGAGGAGUUUAAUCAUUGAUCGAGGCUGGCCCUUUGCUAUACCUAAUAAUACAAACGACUUUCAAGAUGGCUUCCCGCUGGCGCAAGUUACUGACCAACCCACACGUGCUCGCAUCCUUCCUGCUUGCUAUCUCUAUUUGCUUCUCGAUGGUCAGCAUAAUUCCAAUUCUAUCCAAGCUGUACCUACUUCGAGCAGACUUCAGCACGGACGGUGAGAAUGCCACUAGCUCGACGGUGUGGUUCGGUAGCAUGGGCUAUUGCACGACAACCAUUAACAAUGGCGACCUUGCCUAUACACACCCUAUCACCAAAUGUUCUUAUACAAUCACCGGCUACAACGCCCAGGAAGCGCUAGAGCAAGAUGGCAGGACGAUAAUUUCUGUCCCUCAAGCCUCAAUCUUAUCAACCUUCCUUACUCACGGUCUAUACGUGCUAAACGCGCUCGCUCCCGUAUUAUGUUGUGUCAGUAUGGUGACCCACGAGGUUCUACGAAUGAGGCCCACGGCGAUGAGGUAUGCUGUGGCACUAGGGAGCAGUUUGUUAGCACUCCUCUUCUCGGGCAUUAUGUGUAUAUUCGAGCACUCUUUGGCAUCAUAUAUCUCGAAUGGGGACGCGGCGACGAAUACCACCUUCACGACAACCAGAGGGCCACUUGUUUAUACCAUCACGAUGGCCUUCUUGUGGCAGCUGGCCGCCUCUAUAGUUGGGUUCUAUAGCUGCAUUGGGGGCAAAUAUCGCUGUGAAGGCGGUAUUAGGCUGGGAGAUGAAAAGGGGCCCAACACGAAUGGCCAUUACUCAUCAUUAGAGGAAAAAUGCUGUCUCGAGAAAUGAUAGCCUAAUUGAAGUAGGAAUAUCUACCAAAUCUGUUUAAGCUCACUGUCGAUUAUCUAUUCAUGUCGUGCGUUAGGAGCACAUUUCCAAGCACUCGCCCGCCCAUUAAGGUCAACCAACAUGGUGUCUCGGGAUCAAGUAUUUUAUGUACGAACAAAACAUGCUGAAAUGUUUCCUAGGUGUGAGAACAAGCUCUAUUGACUGUGGGUUAGAAGACAUCUACUGGCCCCUUUUGACCUCCUCGC